AUUCCUCGUUCAGUGUGUCUUCGUAGCUGUUAUCAGUUUAACCUUCCAAUUCUGGUGUGAUAUUCCGAGCGUUGUUUUGAAUCUCUACUGUUUUCUAUUGAUUCAGAUUGAAGUAAUUCAGAGAACGGCUGAGCGAUCCUAAUCACGCGUCGAACGUUCCCAAGACACAGACAUCCGUGAAAUCGAAGACUUCCAUCGUUUUGGACGUUUCCUCGAAGUAUCCCUCCUACAGUCGGAAAAUGAACUUCCCGGCCUGUACAACGUUGUUGUGUGGCAUCGUCAUCCUGGUCGCCGUAGUGGGCCCCGUCGCAGCAGCAGGCGCCAGUGACGGCGUAAUGACACGGCUGACGCGUAUCACCUUCACCGGUUCAGAGGCACCGCUUAUGGACGGAUUAGCAACAGUGAUGGUGAUCAUCAUUUUUGCUGGCUCACUCAUUAACGUUGUCGAUUUCGUCAAGCGUUUCACGGUUGGCGCGCGGGUCUGGAAACCAGAAGAUCACGGACGCAGUGGUGUGGCCGUUCACUCCGGAGGAACUUGUGGACCAGGCGCAGAAGGCCCGGUCAACCAUGGAGGGUCUCGCCAAGUCCUGGAGCCUCGACCACCCGCAACAAGAUCACGUGCACCAGUUCAUGUUGGUCGCAAAGACCUUUAUCGAAGUGCAGGUGGCGAUUGGAUCGCAGUUCGCCGUGAAGCAGAUUGCGGAUCUGCGUGAACAUUUGGCGGAAACGAUUGGUGCAGGGUUCGACCGCGUUAAUGACCACCUGAAGCUCAUCCAUGGCCAGGCCGAACGGGCUGAAGCAGGGAUGAUUCGUCUGGAGGACAAAGUGGAGAGACUGGAGACCAGAAUGACAGCUGUGGAAACCGAAGCGAAAGAAACUCGCGUCGUGGUGGAGGAAAUGCGCAACGCGAUGGACGACAUGAGCAUCGAGAUGUUAGCAGCGAGCUCCGGGAUCAGUGACCUAAAAGCGAUGUUCACUGUGCUUUCCGUACAUACCGGUCUCAACAUGUUUCUGGAAUGACCGCUUCUUACGCCCACUUAUUUCUUUUGCUUACCUUGUUGAAUGUUGGGCUCACUUGUUUUUUUGUUGUUUAGCCCACUUUGUUGGACUUAUUUGGAAUUUGCACUUUUGGAUUUUUAGUGGGCUACGUGCCCUUUUUUGUUUGUUGUAAUUGCGCUCGAAUCAGGUAUAACUGAUAAAAUUUGAGCAAUUUCCUGGAUUGUUCACAAAAGAUGAAGAAAA